CAAAAAUUCUCACCUUGCGAGACUUCGUUCGGCACUCAUCAGUGAGUUGUAUCCAUCCGUGUACGUAUCACCAGAUUCUGCCGUCCCCUCCUUCGCCGGCCAAGCACAUAAUAAUCACCCUCAUUGGUAGAUCCACUCUCUCUCUCUCUCGAUUUUCUCUCUCCAGGUUUUACACUUCCUUCCUCGUCGCUCUUCAAACUCAAGUCUACUUCCUUACACUCAGUACAACUCAGCACACGCAUCUGUUAUUGUAUCUAGAUUUCACAAUUAGGGCUCCAAAUUCGAAUUCGAGAUGGAGAUCUAGUUAAAAACCUCACGUCACAUUGCAAAACCCCAGGGUUAGGUUUGCUUGCGACCAAAUGCAAAGCUCCUCCUCGACCAGCUCGGUGGCCCAACCGGAGGCCAUCCUCGAAUGGCUCCAGAAGGAGAUGGGGUACCGGCCCCUGGGCCCCUACACCGCCGCCAAGGCGGCCAUGCCGUCGGUCGACUCGAUCCGCAAGGUCUGCCGGGGGAACAUGAUUCCGGUGUGGAACUUUUUGCUGAAGAGAGUGAAGUCGGAGAAGACAGUGGAGAGUAUCCGGCGGAACAUCCUUGUGCACGGCGGUGAGGACGGAGGAGAGGUUAAGUUGGAUCCGGUGGUGAGGGAGGGGGCGGGGGCGGGCAGGGGGAGAGGAGGGAGGAAGAGAGAUAAGUUGGUCGGGAGUGAGAGGGAGGGGGAGAGGGAGAGGGAGAGGGAGGGGGAGAGUAGUAGGGAGGUUGCGGCGCAGGAGAGGGAUGCGGCGGAGAAGGAGGUGGAGAGGCUGAGGCACGUCGUUAGGCGGCAGCGGAAGGAGUUGAAGGCGAGGAUGUUGGAGGUGGCGCGGGAGGAGGCGGAGCGCAAGCGUAUGCUUGAUGAGAGGUCAAAUUACAGGCACAAGCAGGUGAUGUUGGAGGCGUAUGAUCAACAGUGUGAUGAAGCAGCAAAAAUAUUUGCGGAGUAUCAUAAGCGACUUCGUUACUAUGUUAAUCAAGCAAGGGAUUCUCGAAGAUCAAGUGUUGAUACUUCUAUUGAAGUUGGCAACAGUUACAGUGCAAAUGGUGAGAAAGAGGCAGUUUAUUCAACUGUUAAAGGCACAAAAUCUGCAGAGGAUGUGAUCCUUAUAGAAACCACCAGGGAAAGAAAUAUCAGGAAGGCAUGUGAAUAUCUUGCAUUUCAGACGAUUGAAAAAAUUCGGAACGCUUUUCCGGCUUAUGAAGGAAAUGGCAUCCAUUUGAAUCCUCAGUUGGAAGCUGCCAAGUUAGGCUUCGAUUUUGAUGGGGAUAUACCUGAUGAGGUGAGAGAUGUAAUUCAGAAUUGCCUGAAGAGUCCUCCUCUUUUGCUUCAGGCUAUUGCUUCUUACACGCAACGGAUGAAAACACUGAUUACGAGAGAAAUAGAGAAAAUUGAUGUUAGAGCUGAUGCAGAAACAUUAAGGUACAAGUAUGAGAAUAAUAGAGUAAUGGAUGCUUCUUCUUCUGAUGUAAGCUCACCAUUACAGUAUCAACUUUAUGGCAAUGGAAAGAUUGGAGUUGAUGUGCCUUCGAAGGGAAGUCAAAACCAACUUCUUGAAAGACAGAAAGCACAUGUUCAGCAAUUUGUGGCCACUGAAGAUGCCCUCAACAAAGCUGCAGAAGCUAGGACAACUUGUCAGAAACUUCUGCGACGUCUGCAUGGAGGUGGUGAUGCUAUAUCUUCACAGUCUAUUGUUGUAGGAAGCACAUCACAAAAUGUGGGCAGUCUCAGGCAAUUUGAGUUGGAGGUUUGGGCCAAGGAAAGGGAAGCUGCUGGAUUGAGGGCUAGCUUGAAUACAUUGAUGUCGGAAGUACAACGCCUGAACAAAUUAUGUGCAGAGAGGAAGGAAGCUGAAGAUUCUCUGAGAAAGAAGUGGAAAAAGAUUGAAGAAUUUGAUGCCCGCCGAUCUGAACUUGAAUCCAUAUAUAAUGCCCUACUUAGAGCUAACAUGGAUGCUGCUGUGUUAUGGGGCCAGCAGCCAUUAGCUGCUAGGGAGUAUGCAUCAAGCACCAUUAUCCCAGCUUGCACAGUUGUUUUAGAGAUGUCGAAUGAUGCAAAAGAUUUUAUCGAUAACGAAGUGUCUGCCUUUUAUCGGAGUCCUGAUAAUAACCUCUACAUGCUUCCGGCGAACCCACAGGCGCUCUUGGAAUCUAUGGGUGCUAAUGGAUCUACAGGACCUGAAGCAGUUGCUGCUGCAGAAAAGAGCGCUGCUCUAUUGACUGCAAGAGCUGGUGCUAGAGAUCCAUCUGCAAUUCCUUCCAUUUGCCGCAUUUCGGCUGCCCUUCAAUAUCCUGCCGGUUUGGAAACUUCAGAUGCUGGUUUAGCGUCGGUAUUAGAGUCCCUAGAUUUUUGUUUGAAACUUCGUGGGUCUGAGGCUUCCGUGUUGGAGGAUUUGGCAAAGGCCAUCAAUUUGGUCCAUAUACGGCGGGAUCUUGUUGAAAGUGGUCAUGCAUUGUUAAAUCAUGCUUACCGUGCACAACAAGAAUAUGAAAGGACCACAGACUACUGUUUGAAUUUGGCUGCUGAACAAGAGAAAACUGUCGUCGAGAAGUGGUUACCUGAACUAAAGAGUGGAAUUAUGAAUGCACAUAAAUGCCUCGAAGAUUGCAAAUAUGUCAGCGGUUUGCUUGAUGAAUGGUGGGAACAACCAGCAUCGACUGUCGUCGAUUGGGUUACAGUUGAUGGGCAAAACGUUGCUGCUUGGCAUAACCAUGUGAAGAAGCUUCUUGCCUUUAACAAGGAGCUUCUUUGAAUAAAGCUUUUGAGAAAUCAGAGCAUUGAGGGUUUUGUGAAGUAUCCCCGAUUUACAUCUGUUCUUAUUCCACUACAUUACCAACUUGGGAUACCAUCUAAAUCAGAGAUGUGUGUUUAAGCAGUUCAUAGCCGCCGAUGCAGACAGGGAGUAAAGUUGUGGCAUUGGUCGAGGAUACGAGUUGAAAUUUUGUUUGGGGAAUGAAAUGGGACAGCUGGAGCAUCGCUUCCCUUCCUUUUCUCUUGUUCGCAAUGUAUAGAUGUUUACCUUCGGAAGAAUCAUUUGUAUACUAGGUGGGUUAAUAGUUCCUGGAUCCUGGGUAGGUCUCUUCUACAGAGACUCCUAUUUAUAAUGGGAGGCUUGAUUAUUUCCCAUAGAAGUCCGCGUGAUUUUACUGUAGAGACUGGCAGUGUGAUUAAUUGUAGAAAUUUCUGUUUGUACCU